UUGUCUUGUUUUUGCUGUUUUCUAAUGUGAUUCGGGCCAGCUGUGAUUUAGGUGUAUCUGUGCAGUGGGUUGCUUCUGUUGAUAAGGGCGAUAUUUUUCGGAAGAGUUUGCAGCAAAAAUGGCCCGUGGAGGUAAGGUCAUCCCUAAUAACCAUUUCCGUAAACACUGGCAGCGCCGUGUAAAAACGUGGUUCGACCAGACGCAGCGGCAUAAGCGCAGGGCAAACCACCGCGCUAUUAAGGCUCGUUUGAUCGCUCCGAGACCUACCAGCCUGCUACGUCCUACAAUCACCUGUCCGACUCAAAAGUACAAUACAAAGCGUCGUCUGGGCCGCGGUUUCUCUCUUGAGGAACUGAAGGGAGCUGGCCUUUCGGCUGAUUUUGCUCGUACCAUCGGUAUCUCGGUUGAUACCCGCCGUACCAAUAAGUCCGUUGAGUCCCUCCAGAGGAACGUUGCUCGUCUGAAGAACUACCGCGCAAAUCUGAUCCUGUUCCCGAAACGUGCUGGUAAGCCUGUAAAGGGCGAUUCCACUGAAGAAGAGCUUAAGCUUGCCCAGCAGUUGAAGGGCGUUGUUAUGCCAAUCAAGCGUUCGGUUAUUUCGACAGAGCAACCCCGCGUGGUUACGCAAGAGGAGAAGGACUUCCGCGCGUACAACGCACUUCGGUUUGCUCGUCACCAGAAGCGGGUGGCCGGGCCCCGCGCCAAAAAGGCUAAGGACGAGGCUGACGCUCUCGAGGCGAAGAAGUAAAGAGCCGAAACCAUGUUCGCAGUUCAAUAAAUGCGAAUUGUUCAAGAGAUUCUU